CAGACAAAACACAAACCCACCCAUUCGCGGGGUUUCCUUUGCAAGCAUUGAAGGUUUUCAAACGAAAACCAAGUUGCAGAAAGAAUCUAUCGGAAGGAUUAUUUCAAGAGAAUAUUGGAUUAACUUUCGGGAUGGAUUUAACUCAGUGUGUGGCAGUUGUCAUUUUGGCGUUCAGCGUUGUGAUAGUUCCCGCCACAAGUCAGCAAUUCUCCAGUAAGCCCCAGGGAUAUGCUGUGAUGCAGGGGACGAAUAUAACGCUGAAAUGCAAAGUCUCCAAGUUAGGUGCAAAGAACGUCAUUUGGUCCCGUGGGGUAGCGUUCAUAUCGAUGAACCACAUGAUCAUUGGUGGUGAUGUCAACCGGAUGAAGAUAACGGGGAAAUAUAACCUCAACAUCCUCAACGUUACACAGGAGGACGAGGGGGGAUACGUGUGUCAGGUCACAUCCACCCCACCUUUGAUACAAACGUCAUUCAUCAACAUCACAGUACCAUCCAGUGUGGAGAUGUUGAAUAAAACAGUUGACAUCGAGGCAACACUGAAGGAUAACGUCACGCUGACGUGCGCCGCCACGGGCAAACCCACGCCCACGAUUGUGUGGUCACGAGAGGACGCGACCCUCCCCGGAGGUAAGAAGGAAAUGAAGGGGGACACCCUCACCCUCACGGGUCUCAAGUACAGCCAUGGGGGCGUCUACAAAUGCACGGCCUUCAACGGCGUGGGCGAACCGGAUGAGGACUCCGUCAGGGUGGAUGUUUUCUAUCCACCGACGAUUCACACCAAGUCCAAGACACUUCACACGGGUCCUGGAUUUUCAGCCAAGAUUCCCUGCAUCGCCAGUGGACAGCCUAAACCCUCAAUAGAGUGGAGACACAAUGACACCGUGAUUAACCUGAGGGACCUACCAGAGAACAAGAAAAUGUUGUUGGUAGAGAAAGGCUUUAAGAUAGACUACAGUCUGGAGAUCAAGGGCAUAGAAGACAGCGACCUUGGUUCCUACUCCUGCAGAGUCACGAAUAACAAGGGAUCUGACACGGUGAAGAUUAUGGUAACAGCGUUACCUGGCAAAGUUGAGAUCAGCAGCCCAGCCGCUGGCAACUUCUCCACUGUGUACAGUCUAUCCUGGUCGGUGACAUCACCAGUCAAGCCCGAGACGUACAAACUGAUGUAUAGAGAGAUGAACGAAACAUUCGAAGGCGAAUGGACAGAGGUAGACGUGACAGCCAUGUCCAAAGAUGGUGUCAUCACCCACACACAGUCACACAGCCUGAUGGACCUAGUCCCUGACACCAAGUAUGAAGUGAUGUUGAGAGCUUACAAUAGUUAUGGCUGGGGACAAGUUAGUGAUAAAUUCAUGUUUACAACAAAUGAACCUGGGUUUACCCCGCCCCCUACAACACGACCGCCCCCGGUAAGGACGCAUAGUAGCGAAGAAAGGGUUUAUGACGACAGCACAAACGAUGGCGCCCUAUUGAUCGUAUGGCAUCCGAUGACAUUUCUACUCGUGGUAGCUUGUUCUCUUAUGUCAGUGGUACCUUGAGAUAUGUUGCUGAACAUUGGCAAACGUUUGCAUAUUGGAAUUGUUUGUAAGUCUACAUUCAAGAAGCUGCAAUUGUUUAUGAGUCUACAUUCAAGAAUGACAUAUCUAUGAUGCAAUGUCAAUGGCCCAUCGAAAACAUUGCCAAACAUUUAUUGGAAGGAGUUUUAAAUGUAAAAUCAAUACGUGCAAAUUAUCACCACAAAGAAUCAUAUUUCAAUUUAUAUUUUAUAACAAAGAGUUAAACGUUUUAAAUUUUUUAUAAAAAAAGAUUAUCGCUACUUUGAAAAAAAUGUCAAUUAACUUUGACGUAUCCAAAUCAGAUUUUUUUAGUGCUAUGGUGUGCAUGAUUCUCUGAAACAUUUGCGUGCAACAUGACAAGCUUCAGUUCAAAGCAUUAUAUUCUAAAGUGCUUCGAAGGCAUGCAUGGAAUCAUUUGUCCUGUAUUAUUUGUUUCGUAAUAAUGAUUUUUGAAAGAUCAAUAGUUUGACAACUGUGGUUGUGUUAGAACACUGUUCGGCAUUUUCUUUUUCCUGGGUUCAAGGACCACACAUAUUAACUGUAAUAUGUGAAAGGUCCUUUUUGUUUCCUAUGGAGUCUGUUUACAUAUUAAUAUGUAUAUAAAUAUACAAUUAUAAAAUGUGUCCGGGCAUAUUAUAUUUUAGCCAAACGAUUGAAGUAUCAGAUGAGCAGUUUACAAAAAAUGUUUUGCAUUAUCAAUUUUUAUCUGACCUCCAACCCCACAUGUAUAUGGAUGUAUUUCAAAAGUACGUCCGAAAACCAAGUAAUUAGACACGAAAGGCCUUACGAUUACAUCGCUGUAGUUAAAGCACAGUAACACUGCAAUUCAAUUUGAGGGCAUGUGUAAAUGGAUCAGUGCUGAAAUGAAGGGUCUCAACUUUGAUAACUUUAUAAACAAAGGGUUGUGACGUUCUCUCAGGAAAACUCAACAUACAUGUGGAAAGCAUGUUCUGAUAACCAAGAACCGAUUCUGAGAUCCUGUACCUAAAAAUUGUUGCAUGUACUGCGGGACCGACUAUUUGAUUUUCGGAGAGGGGAUGUGGGAGGCUGAGAGUUUUUGAUGAAAUACUUGUUCCAGAAUUUUUUUUUUAUAUAAUUUGCUCUCACGUUUUAUCAAGAACCUUGACAUCCCGAGAAAAAAAAAAAAAAUAUUGCUUGGCUUCUCAAUUAGUGAAAAAAAUAUUAUGUUUUGAAACAUUGAUAAAAAAAUAUGCUAUGUUUAAUUAAAAUCCAAGGCGUAUAGAAUAUUAUGUGAUCUUAGCUGUUGGUGAGCAUUUAGCAUUGAAUAUAUGCACUCCUCUGUGAAGAUCCGACUUAAAAUUGAUCUUCAGCAACCCAUGCUUGUGGAAAGAGAGGAAUAUUGGGAGUGGGUGGUCAGGCUCGCUGUCGGAGUUUAUGCAUGUCAUCGUAUCUUAUUAGUCAUGAUGUCCUUCACUAGAUUGUCUGGUCCAGACUCGAGUAUGUACAAACCGCCGUCAUGUAGCUGCAAUAUUGCUGGGUGCGGUGUUAAAACAAAGUAUAUCUGCGUCAGAGAAACAUCAACAGAUAUCUCCGUCACAAGAGAUGGAUGAACACCUAGAUGAAAUAAAAUAGUUCUUAGAUAACUAUCACUUUGACUUUAGAUCGGUACUGGUAAGAUUUAACGUUUUGUUAAAUACGAUGGUUAUGGCCUACAACAGAAAUGGUUGACGAUAAUUUGUGGUAUAUGUGCAGGGCAGGUUUUAUGUUCUGAAUGACAGGUCUAGUCCUUUAGCUUCAGUUUAGCUUGUUACCACGACUUUUACAGUCAGUUAUGUCAGUCUGUUAUCUAUACGUGUACGUGUUGAAUAACAUUAGCAUAUUUAUAUUGAAUGAAUAUUCCCCCAAGACACAUUACCUGGUGUCCCUGUGCCUGUCUCUGUGUCAGUUUGUUUUAGGGGGGUUGAGACACAAUAAAAAUAUAAUAAUUUGAAGGCACGUUCCCCCCAGGAAGUAAUUUAUUCCUCGUUUGUGUCUUAUCCUCUCGUUUGAUGCACUAGUGAUAUUCAUAUCUAUCCUGCUCUAUAUUGUCAGACCAAAGACAAUUCAUGUACUAAAAGCUAAGAUGAUUCUCAGUUGGAACUGAUCCGUCUACAACCUAAGGCUAUUUAAGUAAACGGACUCACUACACAGCUUAUAUUUGGAAUGUAUGCUGUUUUGUCAUUUAAAUAUUUAUAAGCUUAGGGUUAUACAAGCCAUUUCAAAUUAAGGAUUUAUUUCCUAAACUGAAAUAUCUAUGGAGAUUUUAGUACAUUUGAUAUAUGUAUUCGAGGAUGUUAUAAUAUUGAAGCCUAUCAGAUGUAGUUCAAAUAUAAGGGACGAGUAAUAACUUAAUAUUAAUAUAUGAUCGAUGUAUGUCUUUGGCUACUUCCAAUAAGCUUAGUAUUUAAUAUUGUAAUGGCAAUGUUGCAAGCUGUGGUGUACAAUGUAAUGUACAGAAGAGUGUAAUCCUUGUAGGAUAACUACAGCUGGUUUUGAUAUGAUCAUAUGUAAAUGACAGAGAUGUCAAGAGAAUCGUGCCUAUAAUUUCGUUUAAUACACAUGUCGUAUUUUAAUCAUUAUGAACAUUAACUUUCGGAGCACAUUUUCAUCAUUAUUUUGGCUUUGGUAAUCUGAUUUUGGAAAUGUUAAGGGACUGAUCAUUUGAUACCCUUGGGUGAGUAUUUGAUACUCUUGGGGGUUGGGAGGGAGGUGUGUGUUUGUGUGUGUUGGCUGUGUUUGUGUGUGCGG